AUGGCAGCGGCGCUGAGCUGCUUCGCGGGUCCCGAGGUGCUGGAGGACGCCCAUCACGCCCGGGGUUUGGUGAACGAGCUCAAGUCGCUGUACGACUGCCGGCUGCUCGGGGACGUGACCAUCCGGGUGGAGGGCGACGAAGAGCCGCUGGGGCCCAGCGGGGGGUCGGCCGGUGGCGGGGACCGGGGCCAACUUUUCCUGUGCAGCCGCAACGUCCUGGCCGCCGCCAGCCCUUACUUCAAAAGCAUGUUCACCGGGGGCUUGAACGAGAGCGUUCAGGAGGGGGUGCUCAUCCGCGGGGUGGACUCCGAGUCCAUGUCUGUCAUUGUCGAUUACUGCUACACGGGCAGGGUGACCAUCACGGAAAACAACGUGCAGAGGCUGUACGCGGCCUCCAACAUGCUCCAGCUGGAGUACAUCCGGAAGGCUUGCUCCAGCUUCAUGACCAGGAGGCUGGAUCUCUCCAACUGCGUGGGCUUGCUGAAGUUCGCCGACACCUACGACAACCCCGAGCUGAAGGAGAGCGCCCAGGCUUUCAUAGCCCGGAACUUCGGCCAGGUGUGCGGCGGCGGGGAGCUCUGCGAGCUGGACCUGGCCCAGCUGAAGGAGCUGCUGUCCCUGGACACCCUGGACGUGGACUGCGAGGAGAAGAUCUGCUCGGCCGCCCUGCAGUGGAUCGAGAGCAACGCGCCGCUGAGCGAGGAGGACGCGCUGCAGGCGCUCAAGUGCGUGCGCUGGAACCUGUUCAGCGAGAAGGACAAGUGUUACCUGGAGGGUCUCAUGGCGAGGCCCUCCGUCGAGAAGCACCUGCCGUCCUUCUUCGACCGGUCUCCGAAGGACAGCUGCGGGGUGUCGGCGGCCCUGGACGUGCCCCGACACAGAAUAGGCGUGAGCGCCAAGGAGAUGAUCCUCUUCUUCGGCCAGCCCAACGACAACAUAAUGUGUUGUGACCCCUACUCGGAGGACCUGUAUUUCAUGGCUCCUCCUUUGGAAGAUCUCAGCAGUCAGGAUUACAAACGCUCCACCAUGGAGUCCCUCAUCGCCUGUGCCACCCCCGACAACAACCUGUACCUGGCCUCUCACCUUUCCAAACACUUCUGGCUGCACAACCCGGUUCUGAACCGCUGGCAGGAGCUGGCGGAGAGGCCACUGGGCAGGAUCCACUCCGGGAUGGGCUACCUCAACGGGCACGUGUACCUUCUGGGAGGAAGAAAUCCCGUCACCGACGACAGGUUGAAGGAGGUGGAGUGCUACAGCAUCCAGAGGAACCAGUGGACGUUUGUGGCGCCGCUGCCCCACUCUCUGGGGAAAAUGCAGGUGGUGGCGCUGAACGACCACCUGUAUGUGGUGAACAAGAGGAGAAUGCUCUGCUACGACCCCAAGAGGAACCGCUGGCGCCACUGCGGCUCCCUCCGAAGGGACAAGCUCCACAAAGCCUGCGUCUUCCAGGACCAGAUCGUCUGCGUGUGCGACAUUCCCGUGGUCAAAGCCUACAGCCCCAGCAGGGGGGAGUGGAGGCGGCUGGGGGACAUUCCCAUAGACAGCCACGCCCUCAACUACCAGGUGAUCCAGCACAACGGCAAGCUGCUCCUGCUCACGCAGACCUUACUGCAGCACAACAAGAACAGGGUCCUCAUCCACGAGUACGACCCCGCCAGGGACUCGUGGAAGAACAUCAUGGCGGUGUACGUGUCCACCCUGGGCCCCGUGUGCGUGUCCACCCGCGUGUACCCGGCGUGCCUGGGCUCGGCCCACAGCUUCUCCACGGAGGAGGACGACGACAGCGGCUCCAGCGCCGACUGGGACCUGGACGGGCUGACCGACGCAGACUCCGACUCUGGCAGCUCCAGCUCUUUCUCCGAUGAAAACUGGUAG